CCUGUGGACCCACCCGCUUAAUCCCGCCAGCCGUCGCCGCCGCAGCCACCGUCGCCUCGAUCGUUCCAGUCCGCGCCAUGUCUUCGCCUCCCGAAGGGAAGCAGGAGACGAAAGCUGGACACCCACCAGCCGUGAGAGCGGGCGGCAUGCGCAUCGUGCAGAAGCACCCACACGCUGAAGGCCGGGAGAAGGACAAGGACGACCAGGAAUGGGAGAGCCCCAGCCCCCCGAAGCCAACUGUGUUCAUUUCCGGCGUCAUUGCCCGGGGUGACAAGGACUUCCCCCCGGCGGCCGCGCAGGUGGCCCACCAGAAGCCGCACGCCUCCAUAGACAAGCACCCCCCGACCCCCCGGAGUCAGCACAUCCAGCAGCCACGGAAGUGAAGAUGGGGCAGGCGCCCCACCCUCCGCGGUAACCCCGAGACGCGCGCCGCCCACCCAACCGCCAGCCCGGAAAUCCAAGACAAAGCAAAGCCCCGCCCCUUGCCUUAAAUUCCCGGGGGGCUCCCAGCAAUGGAGGGGACCCCAGGCCUGUCGGUCCGUGGGAGGAUCAGCAAGGGCCUUUGCCGCCUGGGUCUUCAUCCACAGAAAAAUUGGGGGCAGAAAAAUCUCUUAAAAAGCCAGUUGCCGCGGAGUCAAUUCUGGGAGACCCCGCGCGGGACCGUGUGCCAGGCUUCUCCGAAGAUGCGCGGGGCUCUGGUGGGUGGGGUGCGCUGUUUGCAGCCAGGGCGUGCCCUGGUCUCCCUCGGCAGCUCCAAGUCCACAUUCCUGCAGUCCCAGUACCGAAACAUGUGGGUCAGCCUGCCUGCACAUUCUCCCGGGCCUCCUGCCACAUUCUGCAGUGUGCCUGCCCGGGCAUGGCUCACCUCUCCACACCGCCCAGAGCCGGCCGCUGCCCACCGGUCUCUGCUGCCGGUCGGCAGGGCUCCUGUGAGCAGAGGCUGCACUCAGCCUUUGCCAGACAGCUGUAGAGUCACGAGUGGGCUCGCGCCUCGGCCACCCACCUCCCGCCGCCCCGCAGUGUCAGCAGUCGAUGUGGCUAUGGGUCCAGAGGCUGUUGUCUCUGCUCUUGGUGCACCGACACCGAGUGUCAGGCCUGGCCGAGCUAGCCGUGCAUCCCCUGCCCCUCUGCUGCAGACACCUAGACCACCUUCCUCUCUCGCUUUCCAGCUAGGCCCCGGCCAAAGAUGCAGCGUAAGCGUGCUUCACACUCUUCCAUGUGUCUUUGGGCGCUGGGUCACUGAUCACAAAAUGCUGUCUUUUAAUGAGUUUAUCGAUUGUGAAUCUCCAGAAUCAUAAUGAUUAAUAAAUCUGCCGCAUUUCCUCUU